AUGGGUAUCAACAACCCGCUCCCGUCGUCUAUGGCGUCGGAGUGCAAGAAGUGUGGCAAGAUCCUAGCAGCCUUCAUUGACCCGCGCCAAGCGUUCGGCCCGGACAAGGGCCUCGCGAUCCUCACAGUCAUCAAGGCCGGCUUCCUCGGCUCCGCUCGCUUCGGCUCCGGCCUCGUCAUCGCCCGCCUGCCCGACGGCUCCUGGUCCGCCCCCUCGGCCAUCGCGACCGGUGGCGCCGGCUUUGGCGGCCAGAUCGGCUUCGAGCUCACCGACUUCGUCUUCAUCCUCAACGACGCCGCAGCAGUCAAGACCUUCGCCCAGGCCGGCUCCCUCACCCUCGGCGGCAACGUGUCCAUCGCAGCGGGUCCCGUUGGCCGCAAUGCCGAGGCAGCCGGUGCAGCGAGUUUGAGGAGUGUGGCGGGGAUAUUCAGCUACAGCAAGACCAAGGGAUUGUUCGCUGGUGUCAGUUUGGAGGGUAGCGCGAUAAUAGAACGGAAAGAUGCGAACACGAAGCUUUAUGGCCGGCCGAUCAGCGCGAAGGACCUGCUCAACGGCGCUGAGCGGCCGCCGUCCCAGGCAGCCCCGCUCUUCAACAUCCUGAACUCGCGCGCCUUCGCCGGCACGCGGUCCGGCACCUUCGAUGACAGCAUGUACAACGACGUCCCCGUCUACGACGACCGACACGACGACGUGGUGUGGAACGGCCAGCGCGGCAGCGCCUACGGCGAGGGCCAGGUGAACAACAGCGGUGCCAGCGCGAGACACAGCAUGUACGGCGGCGGCGCUGCGGCGGCCUCCAACAACAGCCGGGACUCUUUCGGUGCCCCCAAGCGUGCGUCCACGUGGCAGGACGACAUCUACGACAGCCCGCGUCAAUUCGGCGCGGGAUCGCGGUCCAGCACCCUCCAGGACGUCACCGUGCCACGCGAGUACACGGGCCAGCAGGAUAAGAAAGUCGGCCCCGGCCGGCCGGCGGCGCCCAAGCCCAACUUCCAGAGCAAGCAGGCGCUCAUGAAGAAGAAUGAGGCCAUCGCGCUGUUUACCUUUGAUGCGGAGCAGCCCGGCGACUUGGGCUUCAAGAAGGGGGAUGUUAUUACGGUGUUGAAGAAGACCGAAAGUGAUAAUGAUUGGUGGACUGGCAUGAUCGGGACGAAACAUGGCACAUUCCCCAGCAACUACGUCAAGAUGAAGGAGUAG